GAUUUUUAGAUAAUAGGCAAUACUUUGUUUUAUGUGAUACUAAGAAACAACUUCAAGCAUUUUCAGAAUUAACAUACAUAGAAAUUGACAUGACAUUUAAAAGAAUACAUAGCAUUACAAAUGAAUGGGAAGUAUCGGUCUAUUCAACUCAGUCACAAAAAACUUUAACAUUUGUCCAAGUAUUUACAAAUGUUGAGACGGCUGAAGCAUAUCAAAACUUAUUUGAAGACUUAUUUAGUUGCAUUGAAAUGGAUAUAGGCAAAUCUUUUAAUUUUUAUCAAAUUCAUGGGAAUAGACUGGGCUGU